UACAUUCAUUUCCUUCCGAUCGCACUCGGUUCACUGGUGUGUUUUCCUAUUUCGGGUGAGGUUUCGAAACAGUUGUCACUGGCUGGUCUUCACGUAUGGACGCUGUUUAGACAAAAUCAACAAGUCUGAUUUGCGUGUCACCACGUGAGUGAAUUCCCCUAUGGUGUCGGACGACGGGAGGUUACCAGUUACCAGAAUUAGCAACAUCGUCAUACAUUUUCAUGACAGUUGAUUGAACCAACAAAAAAGCCGGUGUCGGUAAUUCUAUAGGGACGGCAUUGCAUCAACGGUGGGGUGACUCGGGAGAAACAUUGUGUGGUCAGCCAAACGGAUUGUCAUCUCGUGCAAGGCGCAAGAGAGAGACUCGAUGCAGCAUCUGGGUUUGGAUUAGGAUGGUAUGGAUGUACCGACAGAAACUAAGAGUUCUGGAAGAAAGUUUCGACGCUCAAUCAGCCAGUCAUACGACCGAUAUGGAUUUCGAGACCUGGGCUUUGACAAAGUGCCCAUCACUUAUGCCAGCUUCUUGUCGCUGGCGACAUGCUGGUGGCUCACCCCAAUCAUGCUGUCCCUGUGUCGCCGGGGAGGCAGCGGGCUGUCGUCCGUGCUGCAACUACAGUGGUGGCCGGAGGACUCCACCCAAUACAACAUCGACUUGUUGGAGACGUGUUGGAAAGCAGAGCUGAAGACUCAUGGUGAGGAGAAGGCAUCCCUCGGCCGUGCUAUCCGGGCAGCUUUCAAACGGAGGCUAAUCUGCUCGCAAGUCCUUGUUGUAAUAUCCAUGGUGCUCUCUUUCCUUGCUUCUGCUUGCAUAUUACGUCUGCUCUUGGAUCAUAUAUCAUCUGUUGCACCAGUCAUGGGAGAGGGGGCGGCCAUUGUGGUCGGCCUCAUUGUGUGUGAAGUAUGUCGGAGUCUCACCUUCUCUUGUGCCUGGGCAUACAACUACUGGAAUGGGAUGAAAGUCAGAAGUGCCACCAUGGGUCUCUUAUACAAGAAAAUACUCAGACUAAAAAGUCUCAAAGACAAGAAAAUUGGUGAACUAGUCAAUUUAUUCAGCAAUGAUGGCCAGCGAUUUUUUGAAGUGAUGGUAAAUGGCCCGUUUAUUAUGUCUGGACCAAUCAUAUUCAUCGCUGGAUCUGUUUACCUUGGCUUUCUGAUUGGUCCUUGGGCUCUCAUUGGAUGUGCUACCUAUGUUAUGUUCUUUAUUGUGUUGAAAUUUGUAGCUGAUUUGAAUGGAUAUUUUAGACAGAAAGCUGUAACACUUACAGGAGAAAGGGUGAGCCUAAUGACUGAGGUGUUGACAUGUAUGAAACUCAUCAAGAUGAAUGCCUGGGAAAAUGCAUUUUUUGGCAGGAUCAGCAAUAAACGUCUGGAGGAGCAGAGGGCGCUAGAACACGCCUACUUCCUGCAGAGCGUGAUGACAUCACUAGUUCCCAUGAUUCCAGUGGUGGCCUCCGUCUUCAUGUUCCUGUCGUACAUCAUGGCUGGCAAUAAUCUCACAGCCACACAGGCGUUCACCCUCAUCUCCGUCCUCUACUCCAUCAGCCUCUCGCUGGCGCUGAUGGCGCACGGUCUGCGCACACUGGCAGAGGCGUCAGUGUCGACGGGCAGAUACAAGGAAGUUCUGAUUAUGGAGGAGAUACAGAGCGUGUGUUCACGGGACGUGAGUGAUGAGGGCGCUGCGGUCACCUUUGACAACGCCACUCUGGGCUGGGAGUCUGAUAAUGAUGAUGACGACGAUGUAUCUCAAGUGGAAGUAAUCCCUGGCAUCAAGACGGAGGAGAUGCGGGAGUCGAAGCGCCUCAAGAUGGAGAGGGCAGUGCCGCCGACUUUGGAAAGUGUGGAAGAGGAAAAUGGGGACAUUGUGGAUGGCAGCUCUGUUGGGCUGUUGGAGAGUGUGUCCGUCAUAGAGAGGGCUUCCCAGCUCUUGCAGAUCUCCCUCAGGAUUCAGGAGGGCCAGCUGAUCGGGAAUCUGUGGCAUGAAGGGAAGCGGCAAGUCAUCCCUCCUGUCAGCGCUACUGGGACGAAUGCAGCUUCAAGGAGGAAGGGUUGGGGUCAAAGGUCGUGUGGCCUAUGUAAGCCAGGAACCCUGGAUAUUUAAUGGCACUGCCAAGGACAACAUUUUGUUUGGAAAUCAAUAUGACCAAGAAAGAUACGACCAUAUUGUCAAAGUCUGCUGCCUGGAGAAGGACUUCGACACUUUUGGUGCUGGUGAUGGAGUAGAG